AGCACGAGGCACGGCAGCGGCGUGCGAGCACUAUAGUGCUUGAAGUCUGGCGGCUGGAUUUGGCUACGAACCAGCUGCCAAACCCGAUUCCCGGAUCUGCCACGUGUGUACAAGCAGGCGAUCAUAUUUUUCCGGAGCCUGUAUGCAUUCGCAAGCCUGCUGCCUGCGGUGUCGCUGAUCCAGAGGCUCCAUGCUGCACAGGAGCUCGGCGACCUCGAUGUAUUCUGCACGCUGCGUCCGGAUCUCUCGCCGCGUGACGGAGUCAUUGACUUGGAUGUGAGCUUUACUGGCACCGAGCGGUUCCUGGAGUCGUACCGGUUUGAGCCGGUGGGAACACCCAUGGGCUCAUUCCUAAUGAGCGUGCAGUAUCGGCGCGAAUGCGGAUUCAUGUACAAUCCGGCCACGUACGAGCAGCAGCAUGAGGACAUAUCUGGGAUUGCCGCCAUAGAUGACACAUAUUUCACACCUACACUGAGCUCGCGCAACAACUCCAAUUUUUCGCUUCCCAGACUUGCCCACCAGCAACCAUCGCCGCAGCAGCAGCAUCAACCGCAGCACCACAGUGUUACUCGCCGCGCGACUUUGACGACAAUUCCAUCGCACGGCCGCCAGACAUCUGCGAAUUACUCCCCGCCUGUACGACCGCAGCACACGCCCAGUGCGUCACACUCGGCGGCAAGCCAGUUGGCAGCGGGCCACCGCAGCCUGAUAGCGCCCUCAGUCAACCCGUUCCGGGCACGGCCGCUGAGUCUUGGCGACUCGUCGUCGCUGCCGAGUUAUCUUGGCGACUCGUUUGCGCCCCGCGUGCCAAGCCGGCUGUCGGCGGAGUCGCACCGCCAAAACGACACAUACCCGCGGCGUGCAGCUGGCAGGGACAUCGUCAGAGACCAGCAGAGAAGAAUCUCGGUUGGAGGGCGCAGCUAUUUGUCGGGACAAGGAGACGAGGCUGGCGACCCGGCAAGUCUGGAUCAGAAAAUCAGCAGCCUGGGCCAGCUCAGCACCAGCGGUGGCCAUGGAGGACCGGAUUCAGGAUCGAUGCUGCACCGCGGGGUCAUGAUUAGAAGGCUGGGCGGGUCGCUGUCGCCGACAGAGUCGCACCGGCCCAUGCACCACCACCAUGGCAGUAGCCCAGGCACAGGCAGCGCAGAGGCGGCUGCUUCGGGUUCGAAAUCACCGCCCUGGUACGCGUCGAUGGCCAGUCGGCCCUCGGUCCCUGGCAGCGCCGGAUCAAGCACCAGCCGAUCAGGACUGGCCUUUGUGUCCCCGUUCAAAUCUCCGUCGGUAUCGUCGUCACCGAGCAGAAUAAUGGACACGGCGAUUGCAUCUGGGCUCCACGACGCCCAUCAUUUGCCACAGAAGCACGGCGUCUACCGCUCUUGGCCUCUCGCACGCCAUGGGCGGUACCUCAGAGUCGCCCACAUCAAUUGGCAGCAAUGCCAGCGGACACAGCCGUGGCCUGGCGAGUUCAUUUGGCAGGCGUCGUGGUAGCAACUCGCGCCGACGGUCAUCAAUCCUGGCCAUGUCUCCGGUGGAUACUGCUGGUGGAUCGGCAUUGCCCAGCAUGUCCCGGCGACACACAAUCAUGGAGGGCCAGCAGUGGAGUGGCAAGCAGGAAAUCGACGACUUUAUCCGCAUG